CUGGCAGCCUUUUCUAGUGUUUUUCCGAAAAAAUGACCCAAAAGGACGCCCGCGCCCCGCGUGGGUUGGUGGGAGGGAGAAGGGCUGCAUGCAACAAAUUGCGAUGGGUACAACGAACGCGGGCGCCCUUCAUCCUCUUCGCCUUGAGCGUCAUCUUGUUGGUCGAGAGAGUAAUCAGCGUGCGCAAACGAUCAGCAAGAUGUGGGGCAGCUGAAUCCCGAGGACAAAGCGACGCUGCCCAUUGUAAUAAACCUCAAUCUCGUGCUCAGGCGAUUGGAUACAAACAAAAAUAUAAGGAGGUAACCGGACUCCACCUGCCGCCGGUUUGCGAACUGGAAAAAACUGGGAUCACUCUUUUGGCGGUCUUGGGAUACAAAAAGAAAAAAAAAUGUGCGGCGGAGACCCUCUGAGUCAGAAUCUGACAUGAUGAAAAUGAUGAAGGGCCUUUCUUAUUGAGCCACAUAGGAGCAGAUUUUUAUGAAGUCUUGAAGCAGUCUUGAAGCAUGCACAUCGAUCAUGGAUACAGGAGGAAAUGGAAAGGCAGCGGCAAGCCUGUUCUUCCUGAGUCGGAAUUCUGGGGCUGUCUUAACUGAGUAAUCGGAAUUGUGGCUCUCAUUGGACAAGGUGAGAAAAGACCAAUUUUCU